UUCAAUCAAAUCAAUUGUUCGAAUUUCAGAAUGAACAAGGAAAAUUUGAAGGACGACGAACGUGAGACUUUUAAGAAGUUGGUUCCAAUCGGUAACGAAGAAAUCGCAAAGAAGCUUAAUGAGAUCAACGAGCAGAAGUCUCACGCCAACGAAAUCGCAAAAGUCCUGGAGUAUCUCGUAUCGCAUACCAAUUCGAAAAGUAUGCCGUUGACCGUCAGUGAUCAGGAGUUGAGAGAAAAUGUGGUAACUGAUGCCGCGGAGAAUUCGGAAAAGCCAAACUACAGCCAGGAUGAAGAGAAGCCUUCGGAGAGUGCCGCUGCCAGGAUGAUUAACGACGAAGCCAUAAAUCCGGCAAAGGACGAAAAUGAUAAUGAGCUCAUAUACGUGGAUUCCGAGGUGAACAUGUUUAUCCUACAACCGGAUGGCAAUCACGAGCUUUACACAGUGCAUCCCCCGAAGUACAAGGAGGAGCAGAGGGUUGACAUGCAUGAGAUAGUCAUCGAGGAUGGGGAAAUCAUCCUCCUAACCGGCGGAAAUGGCGAAGUAGUCUACAAUCCGGACGAUACCGUCGCCAUUGACAUCUCCGAUUCGCGUAUCUUCGUCGUUGAUGCCCAAGAGAGCGAAGAUUGUAUUAUGCAGUCAUCUGGGGAUCACGACAUGAAAGAGUACUUGCUGGACUCAAAUUCCUGAAGUUGUUAAAUCCUGAAGAGAAAAUUUAUUUGAUUCAUUUUAAAGAUCAUUAUUUUCAAUUAAUAAUGUAUAGUAAACAUAACAUAUGUUUACGAUUAAAA